AUGUCUUUGUCUUAUUAUCUGUGUGCUCUAUUUGAAUCUAUAAUUAUGUUGGAUACAACAAAGCAAUACAUCAACAACCCUGAAGUAGUUUUAAUUUGUAUGACCAAAGAUCAUACCAACCAUGUUUCUGGUGACGCUUCAGAAAUUAGAACAUUGCCUUUACCUUCUGAGGCCAUCAAAAUUAUUGAAGAUCAGUUAAAAGGGACAGCAUCUCAUAAUAUAGACAGCAAAGUAAAGCUUGAUGCUUCAUAUACAUCAAAACAACUUGGCAAAUACAAGUAUGAGCUCAAGGCCAAUCUCAAAAAUAUACUUAUUGAAUCAGAUGAGGAUGAAUUUUUGAGAAAAAUCCAGGAAAGAAUUGUUGAGAAGAUGGGAAGGCCAUAUGUUGCAAAUGACUACCAAAGAUAUUUGACAAACAAUUACAUUGAAUCGUGGCACAAUCAAUUGAAAACAAUAUACUUUGACCGUACUCGCAUAAGACAAUUGAACUGUCUUGUCUUUAUUUUGAUAAAUGAUAUGGAGUUCUUUUAUGACAAAGAAGUGGAACGAAUCCACAUACAAAAUGAACAAAUAGGUCCAAUAGAAAAUGAACUUGCUCAACACUAUUUUUCUGCCAAUACCAUACAAGAUGACAUGCUCUCUUUCAUGAUCAUUAAUCCUCUUAAUGAGAUUGGCAAUAGCAUAGAGGACUCUAACGGCAAGUGGACAGUAAAAUCAUUUACAGCUCAAAGGGAAAACAACUACCUCCAACUGCAAAGAUUGCUUGCAUCUGAGCAUGAAGUGACAGUUGUUAAUAAGAAAGUUGAAAAUGAAACAAACACAGUUGUUGUAAGUGGUAGAAACAAUUCUGUUUGGUUGCAAAGAAUCAUGGCCCAGAAUAUAACACUUCAUCAUCAAACAGAAGACUUAGAGCAGUUGAUGGAUGUUCUAGGAAUUGAUGAAGCCAAAUUACAAGUGAUUAGUGGUUUACUUGGGGAAAUUCCAAAAGAAACAACAAAAGUAAAAGCUGUCACUGCUUCUACACAUCCUUAUAAUUUAAAGCCCCUUGUGACAUAA